AAGAAUUGAACUGCGCAAAGAGUCUUGACGGAUGCCCAAAGUUCAGAAGUUUUCCAAUGUGCGCUUUGGUUGAGAGAGGAGGCAACCACGUUAACCCGAUCCAGACUUACAAAGCUUUCGUUUUUAUAGUAUUUUUAAAGUGACCGAACGGGGACACUGGUGUGACUACUACUCAUUCCAGCAACAGAAACAAAAGUGGAGCGUUGCUGCUGCGGAGUGUGGGAAGUUCGUUCUUCGCAAGCACCAUAGAGCCGAGAGGAGAAGACAUGCAGGCUCGCUACUCCGUUUCGAGCCCGAACUCUCUGGGCGUUGUGCCCUACAUUGGCAGCGAGCAAAGCUACUACCGGGCCGCGGCUGGUGGGGGUUACACAGGGAUGCCGGCCCCGAUGAGUAUGUACUCCCACGCUGCUCAUGACCAGUACCCCGCCAGCAUGGCGAGGGCUUAUGGACCGUACACCCCACAGCCCCAGCCCAAGGAUAUGGUCAAACCGCCAUAUAGCUACAUCGCGCUCAUCACCAUGGCCAUUCAAAAUUCUCCGGACAAGAAGGUGACUCUGAAUGGGAUUUAUCAAUUUAUAAUGGAGAGGUUUCCUUUCUACAGAGACAACAAGCAGGGGUGGCAAAAUAGCAUCCGACACAAUCUCUCCCUCAAUGAGUGCUUUGUCAAAGUUCCACGAGACGACAAAAAACCUGGUAAGGGCAGCUAUUGGACCCUGGACCCAGAUUCUUACAACAUGUUUGAAAACGGGAGCUUCUUGAGGCGACGGCGGCGUUUUAAAAAGAAGGACGCGCUGAAGGAAAAGGAGGACCGGCAGGUAAAGGACACGCCGUCCCGACAACAGCAGCAGUCAGGUCGGGAGCAGGAGCAGCCCGUCCAGAGCUCACAGCCGGUCCGCAUUCAGGACAUUAAGACUGAGAACGGCACCGCAACACCCCCACAGGCUGUCUCUCCCUCACUUAAUACAGUGCCCAAGAUUGAGAGCCCUGACAGCAGCAGUAUGUCCAGUGGCAGCCCACACAGCAUCCCCUCCAACCGCUCGAUCGGCCUGGAGAACUCUGAGCAGCAGCACCACCACCAGCAUGGCCAGGCCCCUGCGCAGGGCUUCAGUGUGGACAACAUAAUGACGUCCCUUCGGGGCUCACCUCAAGGAGCCAGCGAGCUCACACCCUCUCUCAUCGCCUCAUCUCGGACAGGUAUAACUCCAUCUUUGUCCCUUAACUAUUCUCCCAACCAGACGUCCGUCUAUAGUUCACCAUGCAAUCAAAACUCGAUCUCCACUACCUCGAACGCAACCUAUCAUUGCAAUAUGCAGGCCAUGAGUUUGUACGCUGGGGACCGCUCUGGACAUCUAGCGGCGACAACCACCGUGGACGAAACGUUGCCUGAUUACUCCAUUACGACGACCACCUCCUCGCUGAAUCAUGGCAAUCUAUCUUCGGGCCAGGAAGGCCAUCACCCGCACCAAGGGCGCCUCGCUUCAUGGUACCUAAACCAAGCCGGAGAAAUGGGCCAUCUCGGCGCAACGUACCCGAGCCAACAGCAGAACUUCCAUUCUGUCCGAGAGAUGUUCGAAUCCCAAAGAAUUGGCUUGAAUAAUUCUCCGGUGAACGGGAAUAACAGCUGUCAAAUGUCUUUCCCCCCAAGCCAGUCCAUUUAUCGUACGUCGGGGGCUUUUGUCUAUGACUGCAGCAAGUUCUGACCAAAAGUCUUUUUGUUUUUUGUUUUUUUUCUUUUCCCAUUCUACUUGUUCUUUCCUUCAAUACACCCAGAGAGUCGUUAUGCACACCUACUCCAUCGAUGGACUAAAACGAAACAGAACACACAGUCAGAAAAAAAUAAUCUUGGUUUGUAAAGGACAGUGUUACUGCAAAUAACACGUAAGUCUCUUUUUGCUUUUGUGAGCUAUGCUAAAUGGCUAUGUUAAAAAAGACGCCAGACUUUCAUGGACUUGUUAUUACGUGUAAAUUGCAUAUAGUAAUUUAUUUCUAAUUUGUAGCAGGAUAUUGUUGUGGACCAAACACCAAAAAGUGUUUCUAAAUUGAACUGCCUUAAUUGUUCAAAAUGUUCCACUAUAGCAAAGGAACAUGUAUAUCUCCGUAUUCUUUCAAAUUUUCUCCUUUUGUUGAAAAAGUAUUCUGAAGGAACUGCAUUGUUUGUUAAUAAAUUACCAUUUUAUUUGAGUUAGAA